GACGAAUGAAAAGGCUGAAGGUGACCGUAAGGAAAUGCAGAAGUACUGAUAUACCCUCACUCGGUUUGACAUACUCUUGAAUGCGCCAUCGUCAUGAGUCAAUUCGAUAUCUACAAGGAGACAUUCCGACGAAUCACUUCGGAGGCCGACAUCACAGAGUUUCUCCGGGAUCCUAUGGAAAACGACUUCCUUGCGUCUAAGAGGUGUUCUAUUUGCGAGGAAAACGACCUACGAUGCACCUUUGUUUGCUUGUUGUACUACAAGGGACUCAGAGUCUGCUGCAACCGCGAGCAAUGCUUUGGCCAAGCUUACACGUGCCGGAAUGGAGAGAUCGAACAAGCUUGGCUGCACCCGAUCACAGCUGCGAACCCUUGCGAUGGAUGUCAUCUUACUGGUGAAACGUGCGAAUUGAGAUUCAGCAACGGUUCACGUUGGCGGGAUCAAUGCAUUCCAUGCGCUCGGCAGAGGUUAGACUGUCGAUGGACCGUCAAUCCGAAACCUGCCAGUCUUGUCUCGUAUUUUUGCGCAUAUGCUGCCACCCACCCGAUAUACCGUUUGAUCAAGCCGAGGCCGCUCUUUUACAUCGCGCCUCUGGGUUCUGGAAACGAGAUGCCUCAAGUGCUUGCUGCACAGUCAUACUCAGACACAGGUGGUGCUGAAAAGAGGCAUCAACUCGAUCCGGCGUCCAGUACGGUGUUUACCAAGGAAGAAGACAGCUCGAUGGACCCGCGCUUCUCGUUCGCCCCGAUCACGCAGUUCUCCGGUAUCACUCGGGCAGGAAAUUGGGGUCAACAAAGCGAUGGCCUAUCUGAAGAAGAGUGGCUGUGUGUAUUCGACUAUGUUUAUCAAAUCGAAGGAAACUUCUAUCUGGAUGCGAUGUUGACUGUGCAGUAA